UUGUGAAAAUUCGACCUUGGUACACUUCGACUACUCCGAUCCUUCCUAUCUUUCUUUUCUCAUUCCACCUUGAUUCCAUCUUAUAGUUUUGUCUCUUCCGUGUAUUCUGAUCCGAUGCCGAACAGGGUUUAUGCGCUGGUUUUGUGGGUUGCUUUACAUUUUUCUUCUUCUUCUUCUUAUUCUUCUUCUUCUUCUUGCCUUUUUAUUCCCAUUCUUCUCCACCCUCUUAUGUGCAGUUAUCAUCUUGUAUGACCUGCAUGACCCUCUCUCCCUUUCCUGUUUGUUCCUAGAUAUCACUCUCCCCGUGGGACCCUGCUGUUCCAGUAACGAACCCCUGGCAGCAGUGGUAUUUCUUUCUAUGUUGAUGUCUCUUUCUCAUGGGCAGAAGCAGGUCAUGUGAGGCUCACCCGCCUUUGUGUAUUAGUCUAUCAUAGCAUACUUUUUCCUCAGCCAAGCGAUGAAUGACUGUUUUGAUACUUUUUUCAUUCACCUCCGUGCUUUAUUCAUUCUGGUGCUUUUCC